GACAAUGACGUUUCCUUUGGUGAUCAAAAUUUCUUCAUCUCCAAUUCCAAGAUCUGCCAUAUGUGCACGAAACAACACUUUGAGUCAACAUUGGAGUGCCAAGUGAGGCGAGCUCUGCCAUGCUUCAUUGAACCCACACAACACCUCGGGCUCCUGCCUACAUCAUUCCACUUUGACCUCAACCACCAAAAGCACCAAUACCAACCAGAGCUUUUAAACCACUCCCACUUCUCCCUUUACAUUGGUUCCCUCGGGCUCCUGCCUACAUCAUUCCACUUUGACCUCAACCACCAAAAGCACCAAGACCAACCAGAGCUUUUAAACCACUCCCACUUCUCCCUUUACAUUGGUUCCCUAAUUGAAAGGAAGCUCUUCACGCCAUCCAAGUUCACACCUGAAACCACAGGACCUUCUUUAUAACGGCAAGACCUCAAACACAAUUACUAUAACCACCCAAAUAAAGCAAACAUCAUGAAUAUUUUUCCAGAACUCCAUCAUCCGGUUAUUAUGACGAAACCAGACCAGUACCGUCCACUAGUGGAAAAAACACAUUCCACAAUGAGCUUUCACAGCAGAGAUUCGCUGCUUUGCCACACAAUGCAACAAUGCGGUGAGGGAGUCACGUAUGCUCACGAGUCAGCCGCCGCUGAUCGUUCACUUACGCCAUCAUGUCAUUUGCCAUCCUGGCUCUUGCUUCACUACAUACCCUCACUCUUCCUCCGUUUGUCGCCGACAUGUCACACUCACCAGAAUAAGGAUUUAGGUGCACAGGUAUACUUGUUGGAGAUAGAACUUGGAAUUGGUGUCUUUGUUGGAGGCAUAUAUGUUAUGUCCAAAAGCAGUUGGACAUAGGUCUGUGGUCUUAUUCAAGCAAUAGGUGAUAGAUGAUGGUACUUGAGUCACAUGAAAGACUAGGAGGCUUAUGGUAUGUUAAAUCCGUUUUGCUUUUUUUCUUGUUAACACUUGUAAAUUGACAUUCUCGUUAUUUGUUUUAGUUAUUGUUCCCAAAGGAAUUGACACUAUUGUUUGAUUUAGCUGACCGUAUUGUUAUUUUUAAGAUAUGAAGUCUUGAAUAGCAGCAUUGUUAGAUUUUGUGGCAGGUGCCGGAAAAGGCAACGCGUUGACAACCAAGACUGACCUAGAGGCUUCUUCCACUAGUAAAGUUGCUUUUGGAAAGAACACAUAUUGCACAUUGUUUGGGGGUUGACAUGCUGUUGCUACUAAGAUGAUAUAUUUUGUUUAAAGGUGUUUUAAGACAUGCAUAAGGAGGAUUGUCCUGAACAUAUAUAUGCCACAGAAAGUAUUGUCACAAAGGAAUGUACAUGUGUGAGACAUGCUUUUGCUUGGAUUGUAUAGUUUAUUGUAUUCUUUUAAGGGUUAAAUAUGUUUUUGGUCCUAUAAAUAUAUCAACUUUUCGUUUUA